CUUUGCGUUCGUGAACCGAGCCCGGGUCCCUGUCGCCUUCGUGUCCCGAGCUGCGGCCUCGCAGCCAUGGGCGCCGUCUGGUCCGCCCUGCUGGUCGGAGGGGGUCUGGCCGGAGCGCUGUUCAUCUGGCUGAUGCGCGACAAGGGAAAUAAGGGGGACGCGGAGCGGGAGAAGGACGCCGCUCUGGGAAAGGCUGCGUCGGCCGGAGGCGAUCAGAGUGGCGGCAGCGGACUGAGCCCGGGACCUUCCAGGCGGGAGCCGAUCACCAAACCAGAGCAUCUUCAAGAGAGCAACGGGUGUUUGGUUUCAGAGACCAAAGGCCCCGGCAGCGUGCAGGAAGCAGCGUGGAGAAUGCAGAGUCCUCCUGGAGAACACGGUGACCAUGACAAUUCAAGACAGCAUGCUCCUUUGGGAUGGUUUCCAGACGCACAAUCUGUAGCUACAUCUGCGAUCGGAGGCCACGUAGAAGCUUCAGGCAGUGAAAGUCAUGAAUCUCUUAUGGAAAAAUGGGGAUUCCAAAAAGGACGAGAGAUGCCUGCUAACGCGAUUCCAUGUUUGGCAGAGACGCUGCCUUCUAGCAACCUGCUCGUGGACAGAGGUGAAGAAGACGUGAGCCUUGCCCAGCUGGACAGACAGGACUCGGAGGACUGGGAGAUGGUGUCCAGGCACUCGUCUUGGGGGGAUAUUGGCUUGGGUGGCAGUCUUGAGGCUCCAACAUUAAGCCCGAACCAGGGAGCGGACUAUGGCAGAAACAGUCUUGUGGAAGCCAGUGGUCAGGAAGUGGAUGUUAAGACAAAAAGGAUAGUAAUGAUGACUUCAGAGUCUCAGCAAGUUAGUGUCAGGUUCCAGAUCCAUUAUAUCACCAGCACUAGGGUGCAGUUCAUUGCCAUCACUGGAGACCAUGAGAGGCUUGGGAGAUGGACCACUUACCUCCCCCUCCAGUACAGCUCGGGGGGGCUCUGGUCUCGUUCUGUCUCCCUGCCAGCAGAUACAGUGGUCGAGUGGAAGUUUGUGGUGGUGGAGAACGGGCAAGUUACUCGCUGGGAAGAAUGCAGCAAUAGGCUGCUGCACGUUGGCCGCGAGGAUACGUUGGUUCACAAGUGCUGGGGGGUUCACUGAUGCGGUUUGCAGGGGAUUGAAGAAACCGUUGUAGAAUGUGGAAGGGGCUCAGGUUGUGGAGCACACUCAAUAAUCGGAAAUAAAGGAGGUAUAACUCCAAGUUUAGCCGAGUUGUUUCAGAUUUGCUAGUGGCUUUUGUUUAAUGUGCAGAAAUAUGUACGUGGAUAAUGCUUCCAGUGAGUGUGGGCUUUUUCUGUGGCCGUGGUGGAUGGAUUAUGCUGACCCAUCAAUACUAUAGGGCUUGGGCCCCUUGGGGAGUGACAUGGCUAAGCUUGGUCAGGGAGCACAAAAGCUAACCACUGCACAGGGUUCAAGCUUGAGCCUUUGGGUGAUCCUUAAAGCAGGGGAGCGAAACAAGUUGAUGUCCUUGUGGUGCAGCUGGAGAAAGAGCUCUUCACUACAUGUACUAUACACUUUAUGUUUAAAAAUAGUUGCCACCAUAUGGAACUCUGAACAUCUGGUCAACUAGAUGUGAUUAGGAAGGUUAUGAGAUUUCCCAAUGUUUUUGGCUUGAUUUUACCUGCCUGGUAUGGUUUGAAGGUAGCAAGUAUGUCUUUGUCAUGUAAUCAAAGGCUAGUGUAGAAACAAGGGCCUAAUCAGAGUCCAUCAUCAAGAGCAGCCCAGGAGGAAAGGGAACAGAAAUGGGGUUGAGGUGUGGGCUAGCCAGGUGGCCUGAAUGCUAGCUCUUAGAGCACUGGGAGGUACAGGUAGGCACACCUGACUGCAGGGAGGGACACACCCAUCAUUUACUCCUGGGCUGUUGUGGAACCAUCUGUGCCCACGGCAAGGACCAACCGGGGGGUGGGCUGUCCCACAGCAAUGGUUUCACCUGCUCCCCUCUCCUUUCAUAUCAGUGGCUGUCUUGGGUAACCAAAUGCAGCAGGCCAAUGAGAGAGAAGUGUGUCUUUGCUCUGAGAAGAAAUAAGCAUUCAAACUUUGCUAUUAUAACCAAAAUAAUAAAA